GGGCUCUCGCGAGCUGGCCAUGUUGUCCCAGGAGGUGGAGGUGCUGGGCCGCUGCUGCCACCCCAAUGUGGUGCGGCUGCUGGCCGCCUGCCUGAGCCCGCCGCAGCCGUGCCUGGUGAUGGAGCUCAUGGAGAGCAGCCUGGACCGCCUGCUGCAUGCGCGACCCGCGGGUCUGUUGCCGCUCAACAGGGUGCUGCAGAUUGCCAUCGACAUUGCUCGGGGCCUGGAGUACCUGCACCCCACCAUCGUGCACCGAGAUCUCAAGCCGGCCAACGUGCUAGUCGACAUGUCCGGACCGGCACCCGUGGCGAAGCUCUCGGAUUUCGGGUUAUCGCGGUUGCGCCACACCGUGCUGGCUACCAGACAUCCCGAGGCUGGGACGCCUGCUUACAUGGCGCCAGAGUGCUUUGAUACCGACAACCUGGAAAUAUCCCACCAAGCGGACAUCUACUCCUUCGCGGUGAUCAUGUGGGAGAUGCUGACUGGCCUGGUGCCCUGGUGGGGCUGCGCGCCCCUCACCGUCGCCUACACCGUCACGCUGCUGGGGGAGCGGCUGCCGCUGGCCGCCAUCCCGCCGCAGCGCUGCCCGCCCAAGCUGGCGCGCCUGCUCACGCAGUGCUUCGAGGGGGAGCCCAGGCGGCGGCCGGCGGCGGCGGAGCUGGUGAAG